CGGGAAUCCGUCAGGAAGGGACAUAAACAAAACAAACCCCAGAGCGGCAUGGAGGGGCCGGGCCAGCGCUAUAGCCCCAGCAGAAGCUGGGACCAGAAGUGAGACGUCCUCUAUCCCCCCGCUGGGUCGGGGCCCCAGGCACAAAUUCCCUGGAGAAAAAAAUAUUCCAAGUAAUCAAAGUAAACAUUUUCCUAGCAAAAAAUCUGCAACUCGCCUUGUAUGAGUUAUACGCUGCCUACUAACCCGGAAAAAAAGCUGGAACAGAAUUUGCAAGCAAGGAAAACAAAAAAGUUGGAAUUGAAUUUGGAGGAUCUGGGCCUGGAAAUGCCUCAGCCCAGUGUGAGUGGAAUGGACCCUCCAUUUGGAGAUGCCUUUCAAAGCCACAUGUUUUCGGAACAGACACUGAUCAGCACAGAUCUCUUGGCUAAUAAUUCUGACCCAGAUUUCAUGUAUGAAUUGGACAGAGGAAUGGAUUGCCAACAGAGUUCCAGGGACAAUCUCCUUUCUGUAGAGGACUGUAAAGAAUUUGAGAACUUAGAGACUCUUACUGAGAUUCUGGAUACUGAAAUGUCUUUCCCUGCUAAUUGGGAUCAGUGGGAUACUUACUGUGAAGAUUUAACAAAGUAUACAAAAUUAACCAGCUGUGACAUUUGGGGAACAAAAGAGGUGGACUAUUUAGGUCUUGAUGAUUUUUCAAGCCCGUAUCAAGAUGAAGAGGUAAUAAGUAAAACUCCAACUCUGGCUCAGCUCAACAGUGAGGACUCUCAGCCUGUCUCAGAUCCACUAUGCUAUUCAGAGUUGCUGUUCAAUGCAAAACAAACCCAAUUAACGUCUCUGCCAACCAAGAAAAUUACAAGAGCAGCCGCGCCAGUUUGUUCAUCAAAAACUGCUCAGGCUGAAGCACCUUUAUCUGAGUUUGCUCAGAAAGCAAGCAAAGCCAAUUCAAGCACACAAAUCAUGGUUAAGACCAAUAUGUACAAUAAUGAGAAAGUGAAUAUUCACAUUGAAUGUAAGGAUUAUGUUAAAAAGGCAAAAGUGAAGAUAAAUCCAGUGCACCAGAACAGGUCCGCUCUGAGCCAGGCAAAUGCUGAUGCUGCAAAAGAAAACACCUGCUAUUGUGGAGCUGUAGCAAAGAGACAAGAGCAGAAAGGAAUUGACCUCCUUCAGAAUCACAGUGCUCCUGUAUUGCCUUUCAAAGAGACUCAGGCUCUGCUUCUCACGCCACCCCAGGAAGCUCCAGGACUUAUUGCUGAGAAGAGCAGCCUCUCUGCUAGCACCUCGGUGUCAGAUCCUUCACAGAAAAAAGAAGAGCAUAAUUAUUCUCUUUUUGUUAGUGAUGGCUCAGCUGAUCAUGCAGGCACAGCCGAUCCUGAUGAGGAUGAAGAUGAUGAGGAAGAGUUGGAAGAUGAAGAUCACGAUGAAGGCUUUGGAAGUGAGCACGAACUAUCUGAAAACGAUGAAGAGGAGGAUUAUGAGGAUGAUAAAGAUGAUGACAUCAGUGAUACAUUUUCUGAACCAGGUUUUGAAAAUGAUUCUGUAGAAGAUUUGAAAGAUUUGACUGCAAUAUCUUGUCGAAAAAGAGGCAAGCGGAGAUACUUCUGGGAAUAUAGUGAACAACUGACGCCAUCACAGCAGGAAAGAAUGUUAAGGCCUUCCGAGUGGAAUCGAGAAACCUUACCAAGCAACAUGUAUCAGAAGAACGGAUUACAUCAUGGAAAAUAUGCUGUUAAAAAGUCACGAAGGACUGAUGUAGAAGAUCUGACACCUAACCCUAAAAAACUACUACAAAUUGGAAAUGAACUUAGGAAACUGAAUAAAGUAAUUAGCGAUUUGACCCCUGUCAGUGAACUUCCCUUAACAGCAAGACCAAGAUCAAGGAAAGAAAAAAAUAAACUUGCCUCUAGGGCUUGCCGACUGAAAAAGAAAGCUCAGUAUGAAGCCAACAAAGUUAAACUUUGGGGACUCAAUACUGAAUAUGAUAACUUACUGUUUGUGAUCAAUUCUAUCAAGCAAGAAAUUGUGAACAGAGUGCAGAGUCCUAAAGAUGAGAGAGUAACAAAUAUGAGUCAGAAACUUGAUGUACUUAUUAAAGACACUCUUGGACAGCCGGUAUCUGGACAAACUUCAGAAUUUGUGAACCAGGUUUUAGAAAAAACAGCAGAAGGAGAUCCUACAGGAGGACUUGUUGGGCUGCGAAUACCAACAUCAAAAAUUUAACAGACAUCAUUUUAUCCCAUCACACUGAUCAGAGCUUUGCCUGCAUCAUGAACUACUACAUUGUAGAAUUAAUUCUGGUCUGCAUGUGAGUUUAGUGCUGUAUAAAACACAGUUUUAAGUUCCAUUAUUAUUAUUUUUUAUUUUGUUUUUAUAACAAUGUAGUAAGGUAAGUGAAAGCAUGAUAUAAAAUGCUUAAUGGCAUUUUGGAGCAUAAACCUUGUAGAUCUAAAUCUGCUUCUGGCAUAAAUGUAAUGGCUACAUGUUUAUUUUAAAAUUAAGUUUAUUUAGGACCAGAUUAUAUAACUUAUGUAGGAGCAAAAUGUUUUUUGCAAAGAAAAAAUCUAGUAAAAUGCCAAACAUUUUGGCAGGUUUAUGCUCUUAAGUUUAAAAAAAAUGUAAACUCAAGGAUUUUUUUUUUCAAAAAUUGUUGCUUUUUUUCUUCUAAAUUAAACAAUAAGUUUUCUUUGUAACCUAACUUGUAAAUAGCACACUUAGCAAUAAAGCUAGUGUGCCAUAUAAAAAAAUAUAAUUUUUCUGAGCUUGAUACGGUAUUUAAAUGUCUGUGCAAGUAAGAAAUAACGUAUACUCUUUGUGCCUUGUAUUGAAUAGGGAGGGAGGGAAGGGGAAGAAUAAAUAUGGAAUAGUAAACGUUUUGUAGGAUGAAGAAACUCCUAUGGGAGAGAAGAUAUAUAGAUGGUCUCAUGGGUUUUAAUGUAUUUGUUCCAGCUCUUACAAAUUUUUGAAUGUAUAUAGGAAUAUGUUGAAAAUGUAGAUAUGCCACAGAGUCUAUGUAUUGUAUAAAAGAUGGCUCUAGAAAAAAAAUUUUCGGUACUUGGCCGGAAGAAAACAAAUACUUGCACAUUAAUGCGAUUGUUUAUUUUUGUACCAAAGACAAAUGCAACUGAAAUGGCAAAUU